UAAUAUUAGAUAUUGUCACAUGUUGCUCCAUCAUUUUUUCCUGUAUCACUCAGUGCCUUUGUAUUUAAGUUUGCUUUCUAUUCUAAGAGACCGUGUAUCACAUAAUUUGAAUGGCUGCAAGUCAGGAGGCAAGAUGUUUGAAAAAAGCUGCCAAAUGCCUAGAAUGGAUAGCCGCCUGUCAUCAAGGAUCUGAACAUACCGAGCACAUUGCAAAGCGAGAUGUGCAUGUAUCUAAUGUUUCUCAAUUAGCUGUCCAAGAUAUGUCCUCAACAUAUCCUAUCCCAUCUCUAAAACAGGAAGUCCAUGCUGUCACCUUGACAAUAAGUGGAUCUGCAGCUGUGGGCUUACUCCUGGGAAUGGCCACCAUGUUCUUCAUACUUUGGCAAAGUAAAAGAAGAAAUGGAUGGAAAGCAUCAAAUAAUGUGAUUAGAAGUCAAGAAAAUCCAUUAUAUGAUGAAAACGUCGUACUCAUGAACAACGAACCAGACAGAAAUGCGCCAAGACACUUGGGAAAUUUCAGCACACUUGAGAAACAGGUUUCUGGAGACACAUCAAAUGAAAAUAGAGCUCAUAGCAAAGAAUAUUCCGACCCAAUGACGGAAGGAAGCGCUUAUGAGGCCCUUGGCUGAACUAGAAGGAAAUCGAAACCAUUACAGUACAUGACCGGAAACCAAUCUUUAAAAAAAAAAAGAACAGUUUUUCCUGCACGUUUGAAAUGCUUAUGUUCAGGGAUUCAAUAAUUAGGUACUACUAUAUUAUAAUAGCAUUAAGUAUAGUGUAAGACUAUUUCAAAAUCAUAAUUCCAUCUACAUAUAGUUUGUCUACUUUUAUUUGUGUUCUUUACGGUAAUAUUCGGAUCAAGAACAAAGACAAUGUUGAUUGAGUAAUGUAAGAAUUAUGCAAUGUUACAUUAUGAAAUUCUGGUAAUGUUGGCACCACUAUAAAUAAUGAAUAAUUAAGUUACACAAUUAGUUAUGACAACAAAAGCCUACUUUUUAACAAUAAUAAACCUCAUUUAUUCCUGUCAUAGUCAUGCUUCCUAUUCGGAAAUGAACUGAUAAAAUAUAUCAAAUAUUGACGUGAAAGUGAAAUUGCUGCAAAACCCAUACCAAACUCCUCUUUUUUAUUAGCAACAGUGUCAAUAUUUUGACCCUGUCGGUUUCAUGUGAACAACUAAUGAAAUUCAAGUGGUAUUUAGGUAUAAUUUGAUUUUUGGCUUUUCAUCGCUAUAUCCCUAUUUAUCGCUAUAUCCCUAUUAUAUUGGUUGCUCUUAUUCCCUAGUGUGUUUUGAAAGGAGACACAAAAUGGAAUUAAAAAUUGGUUCUUUUCCACAUGUUUGAUGACAAAGAUAUACUUCUCAUGUCAAUACCUUAACUAUCGAAUAGAUCAUUUUCUAUAUGUUAUGUUAAUGGAGCAUCAAGUAAACAUUUCACCAUAUUUGGUAACGUACGAGCUUCCUGAUUUUGCCUUAAUGUAACUAUGUAUAUACAGUAAAUUAUUCGUAUUCAUUGCUGGAUGAAUACAUAAAAAUUUUCGAAAGGAAAUUGGGAAUAAAAUUCCUUACACAAAUAUACAAUGUAUUAUCAAGAACAAUACUCAUUAGCGUUUUGCAUAUUAGACUGUACUGUCUAUGCGGAACAAAAGUAAAGCUUUAUAGAUCACUUCUUCUUGUAUUUGUUGCGUGGAUAAGGAUCGGAAAUGUUUAAUUAGCAACAAUUUAAAAAUUCUAUAAUAUGUUUCUACAAAUGCAACAACUUAUUAUGUCAUGUGUGUACAUAUAUUGUGAAAAUUAAAAACUCAAUAAAAAAACAAUAACAGAUCGUUUAUAAUUUAAAAUGUAUUUUUACAUUGUAAAAAAUAAAAAAUUAAAAAAAAAAUUGACUAAAAACAUGACCAUGCCCCUUCAAAAAGUGCAUUAUUAUACUUUGAUUUCCCAACCGAAUAUAUUAUCUAUCAUAAUAUAACUCUAGAAAAAUUUUCCUGUUAUGCUCAUGUUUAUCACAAAAUGGAUAGUUACCAAUAACACACAUCGUAAACUUCUUUAAAUUUGUAA